AUGCAAAAUGGUGGACAAAUAAGUCAACAAAAACAACAAAGUGUGAAAAAAUUAUUGGAAUGGAAAGGUCGAAAUUGGUAUGGAAUGACGGAAAUUCUCCCAUAUUUAUAUUUGGGUGGUUUACGUGAUGCUAAUGAUGUGGAACAAUUGCGAGAAAAACAGAUCGAUUACAUUGUGUCCAUACAUGAGUUGAGCGGGCGUAUUGGUAGCACUAUAGAUGAUCGAAAUAUUUUACGUAUACAUAUAGCGGAUGUGCCUGAAGCAAAUAUUAGCGAAUAUUUUAUGGAAACUACUACGUUUAUCCAUCGUGCUCGCUUAGCAAAAAAAUCAGUUCUCGUGCACUGUAUUGCUGGAGUUAGCCGUAGUGUAUGUAUUAUUGCAGCUUAUCUUAUUACAGUUUGCGAUAUGAGUUAUGCUGCUGCUUUGGCAUAUAUCGUUAAUAAACGACCCUGUGCUAAUCCAAACUUCGGAUUUCGCAUGCAACUUACAAAAUACGCAGGAAAAAGAAGUUUCUCAGAAGUAAUGAUGAGGAGUCAGUUUGAUAAUGAAGCAUUUGAUGAAUUGAAGGCAAGUGAUAAAAAAAUGCUGUUGUUGAAUUUUCCUUCAAAUUUUCCACCGGAUGCUCCAAAUGAAUCUGCCAUAUGCGUGGAUACUAAACUUCCAUCUUCUAAUACCUCCUUAAAAAGUACAGCUGAUUAUCUCAAAAUCCGACUUCAGCAGCUCAUUGUAUAG